CAAUCCUCCUGCCUCAGCCUCCGGAGUGCUGGGAUUACAGGCAUGUGCCACCACGUCUGGCUUUCCAUCUCUUCUUAAAUGAACCAGAAGUCCAACCAUAAGAAAAACAUGGAAUUCCAAGAGAGAGGCGGCCUGCAAAACACUCCCAGUACUCCUCAAACUGUCACAGCCUCCAAAAAUACAGGACAUCCGAGAAACUGUCAGAGCCAAAGAGAUGCGACAUCUAAAUGCGGUGUCAUUCUAGCAGCACUGGAAGGCUAGGAACCUGGCGUGUCUGAGAGGAAACCCCACGCUCUCUACAGAUCCACUUGUCCACCAGCCGGGAUCUGGAGUAUAGCGGCGUUCAUCCUAUAGCUUUCCACCCAACGCUCUGGAGAUUGCUGUUAUUUCUACUUUACUACAACUGCGCUGUUCACAGAAUACACAAGGAUACCGACACAGUAAUUUCUAACUACAGUGCCUUGUUUACACAAAAUGUACUUUAUGCCAGAGCUGGGGACACACGAUACUCAACGAUUAAUCCCACAAAUACUAAUGACAUUCUUGGCUUUCAGCAUAUUUUGAUGAUCAAGCUCACUCACCCAGGUCACCAGUUUUGCUUUUGCUCAGCUAACACAAACUUGUUAGGAGGUACCUGCCCCAUCCUUUCUUUGCCGUCAUGGCAACAGCGAUUUCUGCGAUGGUAAAAGAGUUUCAUACACCUGAAAGAAGAGAAUGUCAAGACGCAGUAGCCGUUUACAAGCUAAGCAGCAUGCCCAGCCCAGCCAGCCAGACUCCGCGCAAGAAGCCCAGAUAAUCCAGGCCAAGAAGAGAAAAACAGCACAGGAUGUCAAAAAAAGAAAAGAAGACAAAGUCACCAGGAAACAUCAAUAUGAGAUAAGGAACUGUUGGCCACCUUUGUUAUCUGGGGGAGUCAGUCCUUGCAUUCUCAUUGAAACACCCCACAAAGACAUAGGAACAAGUGACUUCUCUAGAUUUACAAGCUACAGAUUUAAAAAUCUUUUUAUUAAUCCUUCACCUUUGCCAGAUUUAAGCUGGGGAUGUUCCAAGGAGGUUUGGCUAAACAUGUUAAAAAAGGAAAGCACGUAUAUUCAUGACAAGAAUUUUGAAGUUUUGCAUUGUGACCUGGAGCCACAGAUGAGGUCGAUACUUCUGGACUGGCUCUUAGAGGUAUGUGAAGUGUACACACUUCAUAGGGAAACAUUUUAUCUUGCACAAGACUUUUUUGAUAGAUUUAUGUUGACACAAAGGGAUAUAAAUAAAAACAUGCUUCAACUUAUUGGAAUUACCUCGUUAUUCAUUGCUUCCAAACUUGAGGAAAUCUACGCUCCCAAACUCCAAGAGUUUGCUUAUGUCACUGAUGGUGCUUGCAGUGAGGAGGAUAUUGUAAGGAUGGAACUCAUUAUAUUAAAGGCUUUAAAGUGGGAACUUUGUCCUGUCACAGUCAUCUCCUGGUUACAUCUCUUUCUCCAAGUUGAUGCUCUUAAGGAUGCUCCCAAAGUUCUUCUACCUCAGUAUUCUCAGGAAACCUUCAUUCACAUAGCCCAGCUUUUGGAUCUGUGUAUUCUAGCCAUUGACUCAUUAGAAUUUCAGUACCGAAUACUGGCUGCUGCUGCCCUGUGUCAUUUUACCUCCAUUGAAGUAGUUAAGAAAGCUUCAGGUUUGGAAUGGGACAAUAUCUCAGAAUGUGUAGACUGGAUGGUGCCUUUUGUCAGUGUAGUAAAAAGUGCUAGUCCGGUGAAGCUGAAGACUUUUAAGAAGAUACCUAUGGAAGACAGACAUAAUAUCCAGACACAUACAAAUUAUUUGGCCAUGCUGGAUGAAGUCAGUUAUGUAAACACCUUCAGAAAAGGGGGACAGCUGUCACCAGUUUGCAAUGGAGGCAUUAUGACACCACCAAAGAGCACAGAAAAACCACCAGGAAAGCACUAAAGAUGUCAGCUAAGCAAACAAGUUCAAAUUGAGCAAUACUAUGUUGAAUCUACUAAAGUUUUACAGGAAAACAGCUUUGAUUACCAUUGCCAAUUCAGAUGUUACACUGCCAUACUUUGAUUUUUAGAAAAAAACUUUAAAAUUGGCGCUAAAUAUACUUCCUAUUAGCUGUUAAAGAAACAGCAGGACAUGUUUACAUAGAUGACUUCAUUUUCAAGGUGACUGGACAGAAGCCAACUGUGAUUUAUGCCAUGGAAACUUUUAAUGCAGUGUUAUGUGUCUUGAUAAACUGGGAACUUUAUCAUUGGUGUUUCAGACUAGGUAAGUGCUACCUUAAAGGGUACAUUAAGUGAUACAGUACUUUGAAUCUAGCUUUUAGAUUCUUAAAAUUCCUAUACUCUAGUGCAAUUUGGUUUUUGAAAAUAAAACUUAAAUUUGUUUACAAAGAUUUAGUUUUGUAAUAAGGUGACUAAUUUAUCUAAAGCUGUUGUAGGAAGCUAUUAUAAAACUUGAAUUUUUACAAAUGGUGAAAUUAAAUCUGUUUUUAGAUCGUUUAUUUGCUUUGCCAUAAUACUUUUUAAUCAGUAAGGUGUCGAUAACACGAUGUUGAAACUGCUCUGAACAGUGGGAGUACCAAAGAAAUUACAGCAGGAUUGGUGCCGUGGCUCCUAUUCGGGGCUCUGACACAGGUCGCUUUACAAUGGCCUUUCUGUAUAUCACAAUUUGGGUGAAAAACUUAAGUACCUUUUCAAACUGUUUAUACAAAACAGUCACUUUAUUGCUCUUAAGCUAUCCCUAUGUUUUUGUUUUUUGAUUUUUGUUUUUUUUUAGCAUGACUAAGGCUUUAUUUAUGUUUCCAAAAUAUUAAAAGUCCGUUUUAAAUUCCUACAUUAUGAGAUGAAGACAGUGUCAAAAUUAACAUUUGACCUGACUUUCUAUUUUCUUAUGGCAGAAAAAUAUUAAAUGUAUACUGACUCCUAAAAAUCUAUUUAUUAAAAUAAAACUUGACAUAGAACUUGCUGUAUAUAUGCUAAUUCUACAUAUUUUAAAUCAGCUUUUUUUAGAUAAAUUCAGUCUCAAAAAGUAUAUUUAAUUAGAAAGUUACACCAGACUGCUAGUUGUUACCAGACCUGUAGAUCU